AUCGAAUCCGGUGGGCGGGGCCCCGGCCGGGUUGCAGCGACCAAUCAGGGCGCGGCCUUUGCCGCGGGAGAUCCGAAUUUCGCGGCACGUCGUUUGGCGCUUAAAAAAAAAAAAAAAAAAAAAAAAAGAGAGAGACAAGAAAGAAACCAGCGAGCGGCGCCGAGAGCCGCGGGAGACGGGGAGAGAAGCGGGGCCGCUCCGCAGCCAUCGCCCCCGCUGCAAUCCGGCCCCAUCCCGGCCCCGGCCCGCUGCAGCCCCGCCGGGAGGGAGCCGAGCCGCGGCCGCCAGCUUUGCAAGGGGGAGCCGCUCCAUGAGAGACAGUGGCGGGGCCUCGGCCGGAUCCAGGGCCCGGGCUGGGGGCGCAGCUCCCCCUGGCUUGAUGCUGCUCAGCCCCCCCGCGCUGGGGGCCUCGGGCGAAGGGGCCGCCAAAGCAGAGAUUUAGGGGGGUGAUUUUAUGAUUAUUAUUAUUAUUUUUUUAAAUGCAACACGCUCGGGUGGGGGUCGAUGCGCUCUCUGGGAGCGGAAAGUCACCAGCCCCUGCAAUAACCUGCACGUUACCCAGCUCCUGCAAGCUGAGGCUCGGGUCAGUGACCUGGCAUCUGAGCCCUGCAAAGCCCCGGUCCCCUUAGGACAGACAGUAACUUUUAAUUGUCUGUGUUUUUAUAAAACAGCCGGCUGCAAAUUCUGGCCGGCCGGGUAAAGGAUCUUCCACGAAGAAAGGAGGGGGUUCGAGCUUUCUGUCUGAAUGAGGAGAGAGAAAGGAAACAGUCAUUUUUAUUCUGGGGCUGGUUUAGAGAUUUCCCCUCCCUUCCCCCAAAUGCAUUUUAGCAAAAAUUCCAGCUUUAUUAUUAUUAUUAUUUUUUUUUUUGGAGAUAGCCUCAGACUGGAAAGUGGGGGCCAUUCACUGAUCCUGCAUGCUAUGCCCUGUGUUAAAUGGCUGGGCAAUGCUAGGAGCAGCCUCCGACCGCUCUGUCUAUCCUCCAUGUCUCAGCUGCAGCUUGGUUUUUAAGCACCCCCCUUAAAGCUGUGCAAGUGCAACAUUUCUGCCCUCCCUUCCCUGCCAGCUGGGCUUCUCGGAAAGGACUUUGCAAUGCUGAGAGUCAAGGGAGUGUCUUCAGCCCCAGAAAGGGGGGGCUGUUCCCUUGCCUCUCUCCCCCCCCAGCAGCAGCAGCAAAAGAAAGUCAUGCCUGUGAUGAGCUCUGCAGACUUGGUGACUUCCAGCCUCAGCAGCCCUCAGAUGCACUCCAUCCCGGCCAGCUACUUCACACAGCUGUACCCUCAGAGUGUGGCUACUGCCCCUGCACCCAGGGGCAGUUGUCUCUACGCUACCCCUCAUGGACCUGAAAUCAGAACCAUCCGAUCUGCCUCUGCAGGAAGGCUGCCGGCCAAAAGGAAGCUGGAUCUGGAAGGGACCGGCCAGCCGGGCAUCCCAGAAUUCCGGACACCCAAGGGGAAGAGCAGGACAGUCACUCGAAUCCCCAGCCCCAAGACCCCCAAGUCGCCCGGGGAGAAGACACGGUAUGACACCUCCCUGGGGCUGCUGACCAAGAAGUUCAUCCACCUGCUGAGCGAGUCGGAGGACGGGGUGCUGGACCUGAACCGGGCGGCCGAGGUGCUGGAGGUGCAGAAGCGCCGGAUCUACGACAUCACCAACGUGCUGGAAGGGAUUCAGCUCAUCCGGAAGAAAUCCAAGAACAACAUCCAGUGGAUGGGCACAGGAAUUUUCGAGGACACCUCUGUGACGGUGAAGCAUCAGUCCCUGCGCCAAGAGCUGGCGGAGCUGGCCAAGACCGAGAGAACUUUGGACGAGCGCAUCCAGGACUGCACCCUCCAGCUGAAGCACCUGACAGAGGACGAGACUAACCAGAGAUUAGCAUAUGUCACCUACCAGGACAUCCGCUCCAUCAGCAACUUCCAGGAGCAGACGGUGAUAGCGGUCAAGGCCCCCCCAGAAACCAAGCUGGAGGUGCCGGACUUCAAUGAGGAGAAUGUGCAGCUCCACCUGAAGAGCACCAACGGCCCCAUCGAGGUGUACCUGUGCCCCGAGGAGAUCCUGGAGGACAGCCCUGCCAAAGAGAGCAGCUUCCCCACCCCCUCCCUUCAGGACCGCAUCGAUGGCACCGACCCCUCCCCAGGGAAAGCUGAGCCCCUGAUGGAGGUGGAGGAUGGACUCCUGGACAUGCCCCAUCACCUGCUGCAGCAGACAGAGGACCAGCUGCCCUAUGGUGACCCCGCCCCCUUCGUCAGCUUCUCCCCGCCCCUCGACCAGGACGACUACCUGUGGGGGCUGGAGGGGGGCGAGGGAGUGAGCGACCUCUUUGAGGCCUAUGACCUUGGUGACCUACUGAAGAACUGAGCCGGCGAGGGGGCCCCUCUCCCUCCUUGCUAUGGUGCUAAUGGCCUUGCUGGAGUCCGGGGCUCUGACUUGAAGCAUGGACUCCGAGCCCCUGCCCUCCCGGCCACCAGAGUAGGGGCAUGGAGACCUCCUGUGGGGCAGGGCUUCCUCCCGCUCCUCCCCACCCAUGCGUGAUCUCCACAGCUCCUCCUCCACUCUUCCUUGCUGCUGGGGCCAGCACAGACUGGGCGUAGCAGUCAGUGCAAUGCAAGACCCCAGAGGGCAACCUGGGGAAGAGUCUCCCACCACGUGCCCUAAGAACCUACUGCAGGAAUGGAGCGCCUUUGCCCGUUUAUCUUUUUCCCUGCCUCACACACAUGCCGGUAACACGUUCCUGGCCUGUCCAGGGAUGCUGGGGCUGGGCAAGGAGCCCCUGGGAGACUGGGACUCUGUCAUGGAGAGCAAAUCUUCUCAUCCUGCCCCCGAAGCGACCCAUCUGCAGAACACACAGGGUGGCUGUGUCUGGGGGGCGGAGGGGGAGUAGAACGCUCCGUGGUCUGCCAGGGGAUUUGCGUGGCGGGGCAAGAGAUCCCGUUCCCUGAAAUCUGGGCAGGGUGGGGGAUGCGUGCGCUUGUGUGAAUGAAGAAAUCCUUCAGCUCCUGCAGCUGCUUGGGGGCCCCAAAGGGAUCUGUGACGGCAGCGCAGCUGCGGGACACUUGUCUGUUUCGCUCUGCCGGGCCCAGGCGGCCCCUUUGGAUCUGACCCAGAUGGGUCUUGCUUCCCCCUCCCUGAAUGUUUUGCUUGGAGCGUACGGGGUCCGAGCCAACCCAGAAAUGCAGAGUGAAACCUGGUUUGUAAUUGCAGCCGUCAGGUGGCUUUUGAUGUGAACGGUCAGCUGAGAAUGCCUCCGUAGGGCCAUGGCCUCUAGGGGGACUUACCAGGGACCUGCUCUGAUAUCUUGUAAUGAAACUUGAAACAAAGCGAGUCCGGGGUGGAGGGCGUGGUGAGACAGGGAUUCACCUGCCCACUCACCUGCGAUGGGAGGGAUUCCAACUGCAUCUCCUCCUUCCCCUUCGACUGACCCUAGGCCCCAUCCCCUCUCCCCUCCGUCCUCUCACUGAAAUGCCUGGCUGCCUUCGCCCUCAGUGGGUCACUUGGAUCUGCUCCAUCUAGACUGGUGCCAAGCGACUUUGUUCCGUUGCAGGCUGCUGUGAGGGUCACAUGUAUCCAGUAAAUGGGCUGUUGUUCCCAUGUGAGUCCCUGAGUCCAGGGUUACCCCAGAUCCUUCCUGAUUGGAUCAGCCCUUCUCUAAAUUCAUUGUUGGCUUAGCAUGGGAUCCGUUUCAUAGAGUGGGAGGAGCCCCAAGUGCCACAAGCUGGGCUGGGUCCCCUAGGAGACCAACUGCUCCCACCUCUUCUCCUUCCAUGGUAGAUUCUGGGAACAGGGUGGAUUAAAUUUGGGAUUGCCAAGGUAGCGUAAGAGAGGUCUGAAUGACCCGUGCACAUGCGCUGUGCCUUGUAAAAACCAGGCCGUUAACCUCCACUGUGCGUCCUGUGAGGCAGGACUAAUACCCGUGUCCAUGUUGUGCUUUAGGAUCCUCAGGGACAGGGUCUCAGUGGCGAGAUCUGGACCAUUAUCCAAGCCCCCUGAAACAGAAUGGUGUUCGGCUUCCAGGAUGUGCCAGGGGCUUGCAGACCACUCUGGUUCACCAAGGUCCUGGUGCUGGUUGCUUAUUGACUUGCUGCUUUCUGAUUGGCUUGGUGCAUGUCAUGCUUCGGCCAAUCGGAGACCAGUCAUCUGCACACCAUGAAACACACACCCGAUCAGCUGCAAUUUAAACUUAAAUCUGCUAGUGGGGCAUUUAGUGUGAAAAUGGUCAAACAUGGGGGCCGAGCGCUGUGCGCCUACACGAAUAUUUAUGCAGCUCAUUGUGGCUUGAUUUUUUUUUUUUUAUUUGAGGUGUUGAGCGUGCGCCGCUCCCUCUUUAAAAUCAAGCCACUCAGAGGUGCCUAACAAUGUGGAUUUGGGUUGCAAACCUGAGCUACCGGAGUUCAGAAAUUUUGAUCUAACCUUACUUUAUUUUCACUCAUUGCCAGAUUUUGAGAAUCUCACUAGGUGCUUCUCUGCAUUUUUAGGGACCUAAAUUCUUCUGAAAAUUUGGCCUGUAAUAAUGAGUGGCUCCACCGUGUUGCAACCUUGUUAGCCGCAGAUUCCAUUGUCAAUAGUUUUUUGCAAAAUUCCAGAGGGGAAGGGGAAGGUAGCUUUUUAUUUCACUCUGUCCAAAAUUCAUCCCUCCAGAAAGGCUGGUUUGGAUUUCCAGGUUUUCAAUAUUUGCACAAUAGCUAUUGGUUCACGGGUGCGGAAUUUUGUCAUGUGACAUCCCAUUAAAUUCUCUUAAAAAUGGAAACAAGCACAUUUUCUUAACCCCUUCUUGAAUGCAGCUUCUCCCUGCCUGGGGAGAAUGCCAGACGGAGCCUGCAAUGGAUGCUGGGUGAAUCAUAGAAUCAUAGAAUAUAAGGGUUGGAAGGGACCCCAGAAGGUCAUCUAGUCCAACCCCCUGCUCGAAGCAGGACCAAUUCCCAGUUAAAUCAUCCCAGCCAGGGCUUUGUCAAGCCUGACCUUAAAAACCUCGGUGGGUCGCAUCCCAUUCAUAUCUGCCCAGUGGCUCUCCCUGCAGGACUGGGGCUUGUGGUAUUGUAGCCAAAAUGUCCACUGAAGCUAACAUUAAACACUUGGUUGGCUUUUAAUCUAGCAAAGGGGUUUAAUGCUGCCCGGAUACUAUGGUGAUGGGUGGCACCUUCCACGUAAAAUCAAUAGCUAAGUCCUCAUGGAGUCUCUGACACGUCUCUCUGUUUGGGGGUGAAAUCUCUGCUUGGGGGAAGGGUUUUGAUUUUGUUAAUUUGCCCCCCUUUGUGUGUGUGUUUGGGCAUUGGGGUGGAAGGGGGAUGUCAGUGCAGAGUCAUUCUCGUGGUCAGAUGCUGGAUUCAGCUGAUCUCCAUUCUUACCGACCCGCCUUGGAGCUCCCCCAUCUAGUGUCCCUGUCUAGGGGAGCGUGUGAGAAUGGGAACUCCCCAAAAUGGGGUGUGAAGAGCUGUGGGUGGCUGUGCUUGAGAUGGAGAAAGGGAGGGCUGGCUCAUUCGAGCCCCUUCUGGACAGGCAUCUGAUCGAACCAAAGGAUGUUUUCUGGCAUCUCAAUACGCAACUGUCCCAGGGAACUAGGUCUCCAUCUGGAGGUGGCUGUCAUGUACCUAAACGAAAGGCCAUUGUUGCUCUGGCAGGGGCUCUGUAGCUCUUGGUUUUUCAGGGAGAAUCUGCAGAGAUGGGACUCUGAACAGCAUUAGUGUGUCCUCGAGAACUGGAGAUGGGGAAAACAGUUAGUUUUCCUAAUGCAACCAUGUGCUAUGAGGAUCUCCCCUCCCCCCUGAAUAAUUCAAGUCCAACCCUGCUGUGAAAGUGACAGUCAAACCAGCACUGGAAGUGGCAUGGCUGUGUCUCGAAUGUGCUCCAUGGAUGAGUAAAGAUAUGGCUCUUUGAACUGCAACUUCCCCUUGCAUUGGAGAGUCCAACUGGGUUCUCUCCUUGCACAUCCUCCCCAGUAAGAGAGGUUCUGCUGGCCAGGCGAGGCCCACACCAUCCCGUUAUCCCAGGGUUUGUACGGGUGUCACUGAAGUCUGAGCUGCCUUGUCUGCAGUGGGGGGUUUGCCCCAAUUCCAGCCACCUGUGGCUAGCAAUUGGUGUAGCAGCACCAGGCACUUGCCCUUGCUAUAGGCUGGGGUGGGGUGUACUAGUGCCAAUGGAAGCUGGUAGCAGUUGGCCUGUCUACAAGAGGAAUUUGCAGGCAGUGCAGAUGAAUUGGGGGGCAAAUCUAGUGUGCACAGGUCCUUCGUUAACUGCUCUGAUGCACAAGGGAGACUAGAAUCCAGCUUCACCCCCCCCCCCCCCCAGCAGCACUGGUGGUCAGAUCCGACCUGGGUCACAAGGUGUGUGGAUUGAAUUGACAGAGGAGAUGUAAAUUGGAUCAAGCCAGCGACCAGCUGUCAAUACUCUAGACAAGGCCAGCUGUAUAUUAGCGUGUGCUAAGUGGGCAGAGUUAAGGGUAGAUUGAGCUAGUUAACACCAUCUAAAAACUAGAUUGCUAAAUCCUCAUCUAGACAAAGCCAAAAUGGAAGAAACAAGACUCCGGUCAGGUCUAUGCUAAGUACUUCUGCUGGCUUAGCUUUGCCAUGAGAAACUUCAAGCGUUGAAGCAGUGAUAACAGCAAUGUAGUCGCUUUCACCAGUAUAGUAUGUUUCACUCAGGGCGAGGUGUUGGUUGGGGUGGUUUCACAAUACGAGCUUUACCAGUGUAGCUGUAUCCACUUCAGGAGCCCUUUGCUCAUAUGGUAAUGCUAGUUUGCUGUAAAGCACGCUUAGAGUAGACAUGUGCCCAAGGAGCAAAUUGGCUGGCUAAAAGGCAUCACUGGAAAAUAAUUCAUUUUCAGGGCAGAGCUGCCCACUGAAAUCGACCUGAGGGGUGUGUGUCUGUACCCAUUGAGAAUAAGCUUUUUUUGGAAAUAGUCAGGGGUUUUUUGUUUUGUCUUAAAGUCUGAUCCUGAACUUGCUUUGUACAUAAACCUGAAGUGUCUGUGGGCUGAGACUGGUAUAUGGCUCCUUGUUAAUACCUGCUUUCUAUAGAGUUAAACAUUAACUUAAUCAUUCGGGUUUGGAAUCCUGUCUGUUGUAGAACAAUUCUCAUGCCAGUUGCUGGCUUGACCUGGCUUUCCAGGUGAGGCUUUUAACUGGAGAUGAGUCUAGGCCAAAAAUCUCAGAUCUGUACUUUGCUGCUCAGUCUUGUUGUGAGUCUUAACAGGGCAUGUCUACAUGGGGAAGCUAUUCUGGAGUAAGCUAGGAUCUGAAUUUAAUGCACUCAAGCUGUUGUGGGAUAGCUACUCUGGUCAGUUUCCCCACAUAGACAAGCCCUAAGAGAAGUGCCUGGGAGGCCCUCUUGAAUCUCCAAAUCUCUUUUGUGAAUGGCAUAUGAAAUCCUUCAAAGAUCCUGGCUCGGGGUGUGCCGCUGGCUUUUGUCUGAACCUUGUAAAAUUGUACAGAAUUAUUGCACUGUAUUUAUAAUGGGAGCCACCUUUUUACACUUUUUUUUAAGUGAGUGUAUUUAAAUCAUUCCUGGGGUGGUUCUCCUGAAGUCCAGUGUGACAGUGUUGUGGGUGUGAAUGUGUUUCUUUUGUAAACGUACGGCACUUGAAGGUUUGUGAGCAAAAAGAAAUGAAUAAAAAUGCUUUUUUGA